CUCCUAUGAAAAAUCAGUAUAUUCGAACUGAAACGGCAUUCGGUUCGAUCAUCAGUUUUUCAACUAAAUUCGAGUUCUUUGCUUUUGGCGAAUUGAAAUUGAGAUAUCAAGAAAACGAUUUGAUAAUGGCCCACCGGGAGUACAAUAGUCGCGACGGCCAGUCAGAGGGAUUGGGGCUAGGUGGUGGCGAUGCAGACAACAGUGUACGGAUGCGACGCCCCACCCCACCACCGUUAGCGGUGCAGCAUGAAAGAGCUGGGACGAUGGUGGUGGAGCUGGCAGUGGACACUUCCCGUUCGAUGAGGCCGGCCAACCAGCAGCAGCCAGCUGAUCGGGAUCAGUUGGGGAUCAGCCCGGAGGAAAACUGUCAGGGAUCAGAGUUGGUUGUUGCAUCAUCACAUCCAUCCAAUCAAAUUCAAGAUCAUCGCAGACCAAAUCAGAUGGUGCGCUUUUGCCUAAGAGUGGCCUACAACGCCCUGCUGUAUCCGUACGAAAUGGCCAAGGUUCUUAUCCAACUGGGCCAUGAGCCGCUCCAGGCGAAGCCCUUCCUUAUGCGACUGUUUCAACGGCGGCCACGCCUCUUUUUACCCAGUGUCCAUGAGUAUGUGCAGCACAUUCAGAAUAGAGAUGGCUACACGGGAAUGUAUCGCGGGUUGACCGCUCGCCUGGCCGCCAGCAUAGUAGACUAUUUGCUUGGCGAUCUUCUACUGACUGCCUUGCACUUUGCACCCUACAAGAGAGGCCCCGAGGAGGGACUGAGCUUCAAGGAGUUCUUGUGGAAUCUGACAAGGAACAGCUUGCGUCUGGCCACCGUAGUGGUUAUAACACAUCCCUUUUACGUGGUUAUGGUGCGCCAGAUAGCCCAGUUUGUGGGACGGGAACACGUCUACGAGGGACUCGUUGGCAGCCUGAUGAUUGUUGCGCAACGGGAGGGAUGUGCAGGACUGUUUGCGGGCAUGGUGCCACGCCUUUUGGGCGAGUGGAGCGUCCUUUUCAUCACGAGCGCUCUGAGUCACCUGUGCCGUCGUCUCCUGCCAAUGAGCGAUCUCCAGCAUCAGUACAACACCGUGGUAAUUCAGAUGAUGGCUAGCCUAGUGGCCUAUCCUCUGGAGGUGACCUGCGCCUGCAUGGCCGGAACCGGAGCACCACUGACCGCAUGUGAGCCACCGAGCAUGCCGCUAUACAACCACUGGGUCGACUGCCUCGCGGAUCUCUACGCUCGCGGUGGCCAAAACCGUGGUGCCUAUCUCUUCUGGCGCACGGUGCCCAGGAUCCAGUUGCUGCGCAACAAGGAAAUUUACACUAUAAGAUCGUCUUAGAUGAAUAGUGGGUGGAGUGGAGGAUGAGAGUUCAGAAGUGAGAAAGAAUCAAUCCAAGUCAAAUCACAUAUGCAAGGAAAAUAGAAUGAGCUGUGGAGAAAACGUAUUUGGAAGAAACUACCAACGAAAUGAAAAAAGGCAAGAGAAUAUUUUAUGGAGCAUACAUCUUGGAUCGUGAAGAAAAUUAUGAGUUAAUUAAAUUUACAAAGAAGACGCUGGAGUGAGAAGAGCAUGGGUAUUCAAAAGAUUUUAGUGUUAAAAACAUUUAUACAGAAGACUACAGAAGAGACACAGAACUGAUAGUUUGCGGAUAUGUGGAUAGCAAAACAACCAAAGGCCUUUACUGAUCUGUGCGAGAAAUAAUAAUGUUGAUAACUUUUGAAUAUAGUUA